AUGUCCACCAGAACCAUAGCGAAUUGGUCCUUCUCCCUAACCUACUCCUCCCUACCACUCCCCAUAAUCCAAUCCGCCAUCCAAUCCUUCUACAACUGGACCGGCUGCACCGUCGGUGGCAGCGCUCAUCCCGCAACCACCAUUGCCCGCAACGCACUAACCCCGUUUUUCGGCGCCCCGAUAUCGACUCUCCUCGGCUGCGAGCACAAGACAACAGAUGCACAGCAUGCUGCCCUGCUCAAUGGAAUCGCAUCGCAUGUGCACGACUACGAUGAUACGCAUUUAGAGACGAUAAUCCACCCAACAGGCCCCGUCGCAGCGGCGCUCUUGAGUAUCGCGGAGACGCUGCAGAGGCCGGUGUCGGGGGAGGAGUUUAUCACUGCUCUGGUCGCUGGUAUUGAAGUUGAAUGUAAAUGUGGACUGGCUGUGUGGCCAAGUCAUUAUGAUGUUGGAUGGCACAUAACGAGCACCACCGGCUCCAUCGGCGCCGCCGUGGCUGUCUCCAAACUUCUGGGUCUCUCUCCGGACCAAAUUGCCUAUGCGAUUGGUGUCGCAGCGACGCAGGUAACAGGACUCAGAGAGAUGUUCGGCUCACACACCAAGUCCUUCCACCCGGGCCGCGCAGCGCAGAAUGGUCUUAUUGCGGCCAUCCUCGCUUCAAAUGGGUACACAAGUUCUCUUGAAGCACUCGACGCGAAGCGCGGGUGGGUGAAUGUUGUCAGUAACGACAACAAGCUCCAAAACCUAGUAGCUAGUCUGGGGAAGGAGGGAUCCUGGGAGAUUGAGAAGAACAGCUUCAAGCCGUUUCCGUGUGGGAUUGUAAUCCAUCCGGUUAUUGAUGGGUGUAUUCAGUUGCAUCCUAGGCUUGAUGGCAGUGGGAAAAGAUGUCAGGAUAUUACGGAUGUCCAGCUCACCGUGCAUCCCCUUGUCUUGGAGUUGACGGGGAAGACGAAACCCCGGGAUGGAUUGGAGGCCAAGUUCAGUGUCUACCACGGCGCAGCUAUUGGUUUACUCCUUGGUAAAGCGAGACCGGGUCAGUAUGAGCAUGCCGUCGUGACGGAUACGGAGGUUAUCAGUCUCAGGGACAAAUUCCAUGCCACAGCCGAUGAGAAGUGUCGUCUGGAUGAAUGUCAUAUUAUGAUAAAUUUCGCUUCUGCUGAUGGUGUACCCGCGCCUAUUGUGAAACAUGUGGACCAUGCCGUUGGGAGUGUGCAUUGUCCGAUGUCGGACAAUCAGCUUACAGAGAAGUUCAUGGAUCAGUGUGUGCCAGUCCUGGGCCUGGAAAGGGCAUACGGUGCUAGCGGGUGGUGUUGGGCGUUGGAUAGACACAAGGAUAUCCGUGAGAUAAAGAAUGUUUUCUGA